CUCAAAAGCCAAUCACAAAUAUCUUCAGCUCAAAAUCAUACUACAAAGUAGUAAAGUGGAUAUGGAAAUUUGCUCAACAAAAUCAAGAUGGAAUUUUGAAGGAAAAGAAGAAGCAAAGAAAGCAUCAGCUUCUACAAUAAGAAGCUAGCUAAACACCUUAAAUGAAAACAUCAACAAAAAUGAUACAAGAAAUGUAAUCCCUCUUAGCCAUGGUGAUCCUAGUGGAUUCCCUAAUUUUAGAACAACUAAAGUAUCAGAGGAUGCUCUAAUUGAUUCACUUCAAUCUGGUAAAUACAACGGCUAUACCCAAAAAUCUGAUCUUCUUCAAGCCUCUAGGUCAAUUGCAGAAUAUCUAUCUCGCGACUAUCCAUACGAAUUGUCACCAAAUGAUGUUCAUGUCACAGCUGGGGCAAAGCAAGCAAUAGAUGUCCUAAUUACAGCUCUUGCUGUACCUGGUGCUAAUAUUUUGCUUCCUAGACCAGGGUAUCCAGCGUAUGAAGCACUUGCUACGUAUAACCGUCUCGAAAUGAGGCACUAUGAUCUUCUCCCUGAGCAGGAUUGGGAGGUUGACAUCGAUGGGCUUGAAGCCCUAGCAGAUGAUAGAACUGUUGCCAUGGUUGUUAUAAACCCUGGUAACCCAUGUGGGAAUGUGUACAAGCGAGAACAUUUGAAGAAGAUUGCAGAGGCUGCAAGGAAGCUUGGAAUGCUAGUGAUAUCAAAUAAAGCCUAUGGUCAUCUAGUGUUUGGUAGUAAUCCAUUUGUGCCAAUGGGAGUCUUUGGAGAAAUUGCUCCUAUUCUGACAAUUGGCUCAAUAUCAAAGAGAUGGAUGGUUCCUUGUUGGCGAUUUGGCUGGAUCGUGAUAUGUGAUCCCAACGGCAUCCUUCAAAAACAUGGGGUUGUGGAGUCUAUCAAGAACUACCUCAACAUCGGUGUUGUACCUCCUACGCUCACUCUGGGUGCUAUUACUCGUAUUCUUGUUGAAACACCUGAAGAUUUCUACUCUAAUACCAUAAACCUACUGAGAAAAGCAGCAGACACUUGCUAUGCUGGUCUAAGGGAGAUACCGUGCUUUACUCCAUACAAGCCUCAAGGAUCCAUGUUUCUUAUGGCAAAACUAAACAUGUCACUUAUGGAAGGCAUCAACAAUGAUUUGGAAUUCUGCACCAGACUUGCUAGAGAGGAAUCUGUAGUUGUUCUACCCGGGGAAGCACUUGGAUUGAAGAAUUGGGCAAGAGUAACUUUUGCUGUGGAAAUUUCAGCUCUUGAGGAUGGCCUCGGCAGGAUCAAAGCUUUUUGUUUCAGAAAUGCUAAACAAACAUAAGCCUUUUUUUCGUCAACUUUGACAAAUUGGUUCAAGUCUACCAAAAACCAAAUAAAAAUAGUUGCAUCUCUGGACGUGACAAUUGGCUCCUAAUAACUGUUGCAGUUAAGCCAUCAUAGCUCGAUGAUGGUCUAUACAGGAUAAACUCAUUCUGAUCAAAGGCGUGUCCAUGCCUUUCCAGAUUGUAAAUCCCCUCCCCAUCAUUUGAAAAUUGGUACCUUUAUUUUAUUUUUUUUCUUACAAAGGCAUGCCCAUUGAGAAAAAGUAAGCAGAUUUCAUCUUAUAAGCGAGUGAAAUGUGGUGAUCUGAAGCUGCUCAUUGAACGUCAGGGUCAAUUAUUGAAGCAAAUGUAAUUUAGUACUGUAUUGUGAGAUUUCAUUAGGUUGUUGUAGAUGAUACUCGUACAAUAUCAAGCUGGGCUACAUCCCCAACUUUAUAGCUCGUAUAUACUCUGUUACUGCUUGUAAUACUGCCGUGAAAGUAGGAUCAGUGCUUGUGAAAUAUAUAAAUGUCUUCACUGCA